GACGUGGAGAAGAGCUGUUUUUCCACACUGCGUGUCACCAACCACCACGAUCUUACAUCGAAGCAGCCCUUUGCCCUCCAUCGCGUCCUGUGCCGGGUUACUGCGUGUUUCUCUGCCUAGCCUGCCAACUUGUCAUUUAGCCUUCUUACGAACAAAAAAAAAUAAAUAAUAUAGCGCUGAUGAUUAUAAUAUAAAUAUUCCACGGUGUGGAUUUUUUUUUUAAGUAAAUUCUUUAGCUCCACAGUGAAGGUUGCAUGUUCUGAAAGAAGCUGCGCUCAUCUGCUCUAAAAGAGGAAGGCGGCGCGAAGUCAAGCUGGAGUCGCUGCUUUAUAUGACUUCCGGUUUGAUGUUGCUUUUAAUCACAAUUACACCAAAACAGCCCAUAGUGUCAUAAAAAACACGUUAUUUAUAUCGUAUUGUAGUCACACUAAAUAAUAACGACUUAAAUAUCUCAUAUUGGUGUUCCUUUAGUGGCGCCACGGUUUACUUUGAAGGGAUACUUCCGGUAUCUCAAAUUGGUCAUGCAUAAGCGCUUACGUUGUAGUUUUUAGCUCUUUGUCGCCCUCUACUGGCCACAAGAAACAAUGCCACUUAACAAUCAUGUUAAAGUGGUGUUUUUUUUUCUACGUCACAGCGAUGUUUACAAAUAUAACUGUCAUGUUUGGAAUAUUUGUUCAGCUACCACGUAAAACAAGACUAACAUUACAUUUAAAAACUACUUUUAAAUACUUUAGUAGUUAGUUAGACCCGUCCAGUCCAUUUCAGGGAAUUCCGGUGUCCUGACUUUGAAUGUCUCCACUGUCCUCUUUGGCUCACAUCUUAACGUUUCUACAUCAAAAGCACCUUUCACAUCACUGUCAAGUCACCUACUAUGAGUAACCGGAAGUUGCCAUGUUUGUAGCAAAUAAAAACAUUUUAAAAGCUAAUCAUUCGUAUUUAGCAUAGUACUUGAAGUAUUUGUUAUCUACUGUAUUGCAUUCGUUUGACUUGCAUGCUGAAAAAAGUGUGUACACUCACGUGGAAUACACAUAUUUAGAAGAGGUUUAAACAUACUUUUCUUGUGAAGGUAAAACCGGAAGUUAUGUUGACAACACACUUGUUGAGUCCAGUAAGCGAAACCGAGUACUUUUUAAUUGCAAAGACAGUGCAGUUAGAGUGAUAACCAGUUGGAUCGCAUGUUUCCAUACGGGUUAGCACAUUUUAUUCAGUACCCGAACAGCCUCAACAAAGUAGCCGGCUAGUUUUGUUCGAUUCAGUCAUGUCUGGCGAAGAAGCUCCUCCAGCUCAGCAUCAGCAAAAGUCCGCCGGGGUGCCUCCGACGACUCCGGGGUUCUCCUCGGAGACGUGUCGGGCUCUGGUGCUCACCGGCUACGGCGGCUACGACAAAGUCAAGUUGCAGGUGAAGCCCCACAAGGAGCCUCCGCUUCAGCCCCAGGAGGUCCUGGUGCGAGUCAUGGCGUGCGGGCUCAACUUCGCCGAGCUGAUGGGCAGACAGGGUCUGUACGAGCCGCUGCCCUCCCCGCCUGUCACCCUGGGCAUGGAGGCCUCUGGAGUCAUCCAAGCUGUCGGAGCAGACGUGGAGGACCGAAAAGUGGGGGAUCGCGUCAUCGUGUUGAGCCGCAGCGGCAUGUGGCAGGAAACGGUCGUGGUGCCCGCCAGCCGAGCCUUCCCCAUGCCCGAGUCCAUGAGCUUCGAGGAGGGCGCCGCCAUCCCCAUCAACUACAUGACGGCGUACAUGAUGCUCUUCGAGAUGGCCAACCUCAAGCCGGGAAAGAGUGUGCUGAUCCACAUGGCUGCGGGGGGCGUGGGCAUCGCCGCCACUCAGCUGUGUCAGACCGUCCCCGAUGUGACUGUAUUCGGCACAGCAUCCGCCUCCAAACACGACAUCAUUGCACAAGUCGGCGUCACUCACCCCAUCGACUACCGCACCAAAGACUAUGUCGAGGAAAUCGGAAAAAUCAGCCCCAGCGGAGUGGACAUCGUCCUGGACCCACUAGGUGGCGCUGACACGCAGAAAGGCUUCAACAUGUUGAAGCCUUUGGGCUCUCUGAUUGUGUUUGGUGCCGCCAACUGCGUGACGGGCCAGAAGAAGAGCCUGCUGGCAAUUGUCAAGACGUGGUACAACCAGCUGUCCAUCAACGCGCUGAAGCUGAUGCCCACCAACAAGGCCGUGUGCGGCUUCCACUUGAGCUACGUGGACGACGCCCACAUCCAGGACGCCAUGGCCGCCCUGCUGGAGCUCUACAGGCAGGGCAAGAUCAAGCCACGCAUCGACUCCUGCUACCACUUUGAGGAGGUUACUGAUGCAAUGAGGCGGAUGCACGAACGGCAAAAUAUCGGCAAGGUCAUCCUUCUCCCUCAGCUUAAAAAGCAGGACGGAGAGACAACCUCCAACUCCCAGUCAGGUGGAAAGAAAUGACACGAACGAAGGAUUCAAAUAUCUUUCCCUACCAAUUAUUAUUUUUUUGUCAGUAUUUUUAAACGUUUUCUUAAGAAUUAUAGUGCAAUAAAUCAAUAAUUAAACCGACAUAUUACCAAAGUGCUAAUUGCUAAAAUGCCUGCAAUGUUUUCCACUUCUAUAAAUAGCGGCUAUUAUGAUAUCCACACUAACAAGCUGCACCAUGGCAUCAUUAAGGAGCUAAUUUUAUGCAAAAGUCAGCAUUAUUUUGUUGUUUAUCACAUAUUUUUGAGCCAAAGUUCCAUAACUACUUCACUAAUUAAUUGUGGAAAACAAUACCAUGGCAAACAAAGUCACGCUCGACCAACAUUUAUUGUAGUUUCCAUCUUUUUUUUACCGCUUUAUAAAUGUUGGACAUUAUAUUGUGAACUUUUAAAAUCAUUUUUUAUGAUAACAUGAUGGAUUAUCCCAGCAGGAAACAUCAGAUUGACACAGAAGUAGUAUCGGCAUUCAAAUGAAAGGCUGACAUAAAAACAUAAUAAUUGUAAAA